AUGGAAACUAAAACAUCGGACGAACGGCCACGAGCUCGAUUCCAUCCUAUGUCUCGCACUGACGUUGCAUCCUGGAUGGUCGAGUUCAUCCCACCUCCAGAGCCAGAAGUGCUUUUACCGCCAUUACUUGCCUGCUUGCCCACUGCGUUUGUUUCAACUCGCCCUCCCCCGGCGCUGCUUCCUCUCCUCUCUCCUAUACUACGCCAGCGCGUUCAGAUUCUCAGUUCCGUUGCGACUUCGCCCUCCGACUCAUGGCUGCGCCUCUUAUGUUGGACCGAUGAAAAGGCCGAGCGUGUUUCGCGCCUGCUAGACGGCGUCGUUUUCGAACCCCACCCUGUUUCUGGAGAGAUUGAAGUCCCAGAGGACUUGUCUAUAACUUAUAAGCGGCUGGAUGAGGAGUCACUGCGGUCAAAGUUGAAUCUUCCUGAAUAUCAACUCAAUGUGUUAUACAUAUGGUGCUCGAAUGAUCCAGAUGGCGGCGGUCCUGGCUGGAGAAUCGCGGAGCUAGAACCAUGUGAGGGCCCGGACGACGAGGACCCAACCUGGUCAGAAACAGUUAGCGAUGCAAAUGAUCAGGCGAGAGAACGCAUCAUUGACGAAGCCAUAAGAGAUGCCGAUGCCGACAGGUUAGAGGUUGAACAGGAGGGCGACGAUGAGGAUGAUUACUGGGCACAGUAUGACAACACUCCAGGCAGAACACCAGCAGCAAAGACACCAGUAUCUCGUGGAAAUCAACAUAUAUCAGGGGUGUCGGAAGAUGCAUACUUCUCUCAGUAUGCCGAAGUACAACCCGCGAUGGAUAAUCAUGACCCGUCCGAAGACGCGCCGGAGGCUGCAGAAUCGUCGCUUCAUGGUGAUAUAUUUGCAAAGAUCAUGCAGCAGGCCCGGGAGUCCCGUGAGGCAACAGCACAAGAUCCUUCUCUUCAACGCAAUGACAAUCACGCAGAUCUUGUGUCAAUGAUGAUAAAUCAUCCGCGACCAUCAUCAGCUUCGUCUGGAUCUGCUAUUGCAAAACUGGAACAAGAAGCAGAAAAUCAGUCAGCUUCAGAAGUGGCUAUCAAGCAGCACAUUGGUUCUAAUAUAAAGAGUCUUUAUCGGCUAGCCAAGGCGACUGGAAUGUCGCGAGCGGAGUUUCAAAAUCUGAUUCGCAAUGAGAUUGAUCUUCUCAGUUUGUCUGACGAUGACUAA